GAUGCUGUCAGACACACACUGACACACACACACACACAGACACACACACACUGACACACACACACACACACACUGACACACACACUCAGUAACACAAACUGACAUGAACACCUCCUUCGUCUGGGAUUCUGGCUUUAGUUCAGAGAAACACCUGUAACUGCUGCUGCACCAGAGAGACUGCAGCAGGACCAGGAUCAGAACCAGAACCAGGGCCAGGACUAGAACCAGGACUAGAGCCAGGACCAGGACCAAGACCAGGAUCAGGAUCAGAACCAGAACCAGAACCAGGAUCAGAACCAGAACCAGGACCAGAACCAGGACCAGAACCAGGACCAGGACUAGAACCAGGACCAGAACUACCAGCAUCAUAGAGAAGCAGCUGAUGGAUGCAGAUAUAAAGUCAAACAGCACCAGGAGCUGCUGUCCUCCUCCUGUCUGACUAUUGAUGCUCCAGUGAUCUGUUUCAUCGCCUCCUGAAUCCUGACUCCUCUCUCCUUCCUCCUCCUCUCAUCUCUCCUUUUCGUGUUCUUCAGCUGCAGCUCCUCCUCAGACUUCGACUGUUCCUCUGUCCGUCAUCCUGGGAUCCACGGAGGCGACCGGAACGCCGCCGUCGGCCAUGAAGACCGGAGGAGGAGGAGGAGGAGGAGGGGGGGAGAAGACGGCCUCCUUCUCCUUUAAGAAGUGUUCAGCGUUCCAGUUCGUCAAGAGGAAGGUGCGUAGAUGGAUGAGGAACCCGAAGGUGAGCGUGGAGAAGUCUCAGGGGAAGAACCUUCUGUAUCCGUGUCCCAAGUGUCCGCUGGCCGAGGACUUCUGGUUCCACCACUUCAACUCUCCGUACGGCUGCUGCCACUAUUCAGGCCUGCAGGGAGGAAACUUCUACCACCAGGAGCCCUGCUCUCCAUGUUCUCCAUGUUCUCCAUGUAGACCUGCUGCUGGACCAAACCCUGGAGACAAGAACAAGACCUGCAAGGUGAGGAAGUGGGGGAUGUUGUCCCGUCACCAUAGUGACAGCACCGUGAAGCAGAAGGAGGCGGAGCCAGAUGUCCACCUGUGCAGCUGUCAGUCCUGGGGGCUCCACGCUUCGCCCCUAUUGGCCAGUCCGGUGAUGCUGGAGUGCUCGAUCUGCAGCGGUCCUUACAUCAGCUACGCCCUGGAGGACACCUGGCAGCCACGGCAACGCACUCAGGCGAUGGACCUUUACUACCACAAUGAGUCAGACCCAGACAGCUACUGUUGCCCCGGCGACGGCACUUUUAUGAAACAGAGGAAGAUGGGCCUGAACGACUUGAUCCAGAGAUUCGCCACCAGCUCCUCCUACGGCUGCAAACACCCGGAGGUCCAGUCCAUCCUGAACCUGAGUCCUCCUCAGGAAGCAGAACUCAUGAACACAAACCCGUCUCCUCCCCCCAGUCCAUCCCAGCAGAUCAACCUCGGCCCGUCCUCCAACCCGUCAGCCAAACCCAGCGACUUCCACUUCCUGAAGGUGAUCGGUAAGGGCAGCUUCGGGAAGGUGCUGCUGGCCCGCCAUCGCACCGACGACCAGUUCUACGCCGUCAAGGUCCUGCAGAAGAAGGCCAUCCUGAAGAAGAAGGAGGAGAAACACAUCAUGUCGGAGAGGAACGUCCUGCUGAAGAACGUCAAGCAUCCCUUCCUGGUCGGCCUCCACUACUCCUUCCAGACCGCCGAUAAGCUCUACUUCGUUCUGGACUACAUCAACGGAGGGGAGCUCUUCUACCACCUCCAGAGGGAACGCUGCUUCCUGGAGCCCAGAGCUCGGUUCUAUGCCGCUGAGAUCGCCAGCGCCCUGGGCUACCUGCACUCACUGAACAUCGUGUACCGAGACCUGAAGCCGGAGAACAUCCUGCUGGACUCGCAGGGACACAUCAUCCUCACCGACUUCGGGCUCUGCAAGGAGAACAUCGAGCCCAACGGAACCACGUCCACCUUCUGCGGUACGCCGGAGUAUUUGGCUCCUGAGGUUUUACACAAGCAGCCGUACGACCGGACGGUGGACUGGUGGUGUUUAGGAGCUGUUCUCUACGAGAUGCUGUACGGACUGCCUCCGUUUUACAGCCGAAACACGGCAGAAAUGUACGACAACAUCCUGAACAAGCCGCUGCAGCUGAAGCCGAACAUCUCCAACGCUGCCCGACACCUUCUGGAGGGUCUUCUGCAGAAGGACCGGACCAAGAGGCUGGGCUGCUCCGAGGACUUUGUUGAAAUUAAGAACCACAUAUUCUUCUCCCCCAUCAACUGGGACGACCUCAACGCCAAGAAGAUCACACCUCCCUUCAACCCCAAUGUGACGGGUCCAAACGACCUGCGGCACUUUGACCCGGAAUUCACCGAGGAGCCGGUACCGAGCUCCAUCGGCUGCUCCCCGGACAGCGCCCUGGUGACAGCUAGCAUCAAAGAGGCAGCUGAGGCCUUCGUGGGUUUCUCCUACGCCCCGUCCAUGGACUCCUACCUAUAGGACCGGAACGGGCCGAGCCGGGUCGGUUCUGAGGACUUUAUGGAUAUUUAAAACCAAACCCUGCAUCUGCACACGCGUGUUCUCGACAUGUUUUGACUUCCUGCUCCAGACGUCUGACUCCAAGUUUGUGGAGGUUCUUGCACUCAGGCAGCUGACAAGCACACUCAGCCUCCACCUCGUAGUCCGGCAUCAUCCACCUCAUCCUCUUAGCCUCCACCUCCUCCAACAUCCUCCUAGCCCAACACCUCCAUCCUCUUAGCAUUAACCUCCUCCAACACCUCCAUCCUGGUAGUCCAACACCUCUAUCCUCUUAGCCUCCACCUCCUCCAACAUCCUCCUAGCCCAACACCUCCAUCCUGGUAGCCCAACAUCUCCAUCCAAGUAGUCCAACACCUCCAUCCUCCUAGCCUCCACCUUCAUCGUUGUAGCCUCCACCUCCUAGCCUCCAUCCUCGUAGUCCAACACCUUCAUCCUCGUAGUCCAACACCUCCAUCUUCGUAGUCCAACACUCUUUAACCUCGUAGUCCAACACCUGCCCCAACACCUCCAUCCUCUUAGUCCAACACUUCCAUCCUAGUAGUCCAAUACCUCCACCCUUGUAGUCCAACACUUCCGUCUUCUUUGCCUCAUAGUCCAACACUUUUGUCCUCAUAGUCCAACACCUUUACCCUAGUAGUCCAACACCUCCAUCUUCUUAGCCUCCACUUCCUCCUACACCUUCAUCCUUGUAGUCCAACACCUUUAUCCUAGUAGGAUAAAGAUGUUGGUGUUGGAAGUGUUGGACUUCCAUCCUUGUAGUCCAACACUUCCAUCUUCUUAGUCUCAUAGUCCAAUACCUCCAUCCUAGUAGUCCAGUACCUCUAUCCUAGUAGUCCAACACCUCCAUCCUAGUAGUCCAGUACCUCCAUCCUAGUAGUCCAACACCUCCAUCCUAGUAGUCCAGUACCUCCAUCCUAGCAGUCCAACACCUCCAUCCUAGUAGUCCAGCACCUUUAUCCAGGUAGGAUAAAGAUGAGUUGUUGGUGUUGUAGGUGUUGGACUUCCAUACUCCUAGUCCGACACCUCCAUCCUUGUAGUCCAAUACCUUCAUCCUCGUAGCCCAAUACCUCCAUCCCCUUAGCCUCAACCUCUACCCUCAUAGUUCAACACCUUUAUCCUCGUUGUCCAACACCUUUGUUCUCGAAUUCCAACACCUCCAUCAUCGUAGUCCAACACCUCCAUCAUCCUAGCCUCCACCUCCAUCCUUGUAGUCCAACAUCUCCAUCCUCAUAGUCCAACACCUCCAUCCUCGUAGUCCAACACUUCCAUCAUCCUAGCCUCCACCUCCAUCCUUGUAGCCUCCACCUCCAUCCUCGUAGUCCAACACCUCCAUCAUCCUAGCCUCCACCUCCAUCCUCGUAGUCCAACACCUCCAUCAUCCUAGCCUCCACCUCCAUCCUGGAACCCCUUCCUGCUGGUCCUGGAGCAGCCGGAUCGUCCCGGUGCUCAAGUUUUUGAUUCUUUUCCGUUUAUUUCUGCACAUCUGACUAAAGGGAGUCUAUUGGAAGCUGAAUGUUACAGAAGGAGACGUUUUCUUCUCAGAGGUGCCUUUUUGUUUUCAGUUCCUCCAUCCUCUCCAUCCCCGUCGCUCCACCUGAGAUGUAGCACUAAAGGUAGUCGAGUGUCUAACACGUGAGGAACUUUGAUUUCUUCAUUUGCACAUGAAGCGUCUUCCAUCACUGAAGCCAACAUUCCACUUUAAUAUUGCUGUUUGACGGUAUUUAAGUUUGUUUGUAUAUUUGGAUUCUGUGUUCUAGUUUUAAUAUAUAUCGAACAAAAAGACUAAAGGUAUGCUUAGAUACGUAACGAUUCAUGUUCAAUGUACUGUAAAUUGUAAAAUUGUUUGAGAUUUAUGUGACCAUGUUUGGUUUGCAAUAAAAGUUUAACUUUAUUACACCGUAAA